AUGGACGGAUCUGCCCUGGGCCCCAUGCGCAUCCUAAUCUUGUUGUCCUUUUUUGUGGGCCAAUCUAUGGCGUCUAGCUCGACACCUCUGCUCAGCUGGCAGUUAGACGGGAACAGUCGUUCGGCAUGGGACAUCAUGUGGACUUGUUUUUCAACAAUUUUUGCCUGCACGUGGACUCUUCUUCAUAUGGAUGUUCCCCCUCGCAAUAUUUCCGUUGCAAGAUGUACAAUAAAAAAAAUACGUCUGUGGGUUCUAACUAUCUUAGCCCCUGAGGUGACCUUCCUGGCAGCGACCGAUCAGCUCGCCAAUGCGAGAACUUUGCAGACAGUUUGCAACAAAGUACAGAAAACACGAGACGCCGAAUCAUCAGAGCCAAAACUAUGGCUAUCACAGCGGACUAGGCCGCUUGAACAAGUCGAAAACUUGGAUCACGUUUAUCUACAUCCAGUCCACACCGAAUGGACGCUCCGUCAAUGCUUCUGUGUCAUCGCUGGUGGACUCGUGUUGCAGACGCAGGAUCAAUGGAUCUACACAAUACAGCCCCGCGAUAUGAAACCUCUCAUACAGGCCGGUAUGCUCCACUGUUCAGACUUUCGAGACCAGGAAAUCGAAGAUCGAGCGAAAGCAGACUCGUUUGCCAAGUUCUUUACCGUCCUUCAAAGCACCUGGUUUUUAUGCAACGUCAUCGUAAGAUGGGCCUACGAUCUUCCCGUAUCCCCCAUCGAAUUGUCAACUGUUGCCUACGUGGCCUGUGCUAUUUUAAUAUAUGGAGUAUGGUGGUAUAAGCCCAAAGACAUGGGCACGUCUAUCGCAGUCUAUCUACGAUGUAACCGUGAUGAUGUGCCAAUUGAGGUCCGCAAUAUUAUAGAGGGGAAUUCCACAGGGUGGGUUCAUGUACGAGCUCUCGUUAACGAGGAUAACUGGAUGUCUGUCUUGUGGAAGACCGUUCGAACGCCUUUCUUACGCAGAGAUAUUGAAGACCUCGGGACGAUCGAUGAGGCACUUGGUAAUGAUUUUAUCAAAACGCCAUUUGAAAUCUUUAUCUUUGAUGUGAUAUGCAGUCUCACUGCUUUUCUUUACUGUGGGAUUCAUGUGGCCGCAUGGGAUUUUCCUUUCGCAACUCGCGCCGAGCUGAUAUCUUGGCAUGUCUUUUCCCUCGCAUCUAUUGCUACGGCUUUCGGCACAUGCCUAGUGGGUGGUCUCGCGGACGCUGCAACUCUCCCCAACUCAAAGGACCUGCUUCCUUCCUUCAUGGUUGGCCUCACUCACCCAGCCGCUCUUUGGACUAUGCUCGUUACUGUUAUUGUUAGCUUUAACUUCUACAUUAUUGCACGUUUGGGGAUUAUAGGCCUUGUCUUUUCGUCGUUGAGAGCUCUUCCGACUGGGUCCUACACAACUAUAGGGUGGAUAACUAGCAUACCACAUUUCUAA